AUGUCCACAAACUCCAGCGGCCAUAGCCUGUUGGGACUUCCAGUUGAGGUUCUCAUGUGCAUCCUCGAUCACGCAGAACUUUGCGACUUGUACUGGCUCUCACAGACCUGCAAGUCUAUGCAACGCCUGGCAAAGAGGGACUUCCGCACCAUGGUCAACACCAACGUUGAAGACAAGGCAGAGUUCUUACUUGGUCUCGCAUACGUGCUACCAGACCACUGCUUCUGCGAGAAGCACUGCAUGCUUCACACUGUUGACCGUCAUGCCCCCUUAGUAAUGUCUCCUCACUGCUGGGAUUACUCGGUCAACCAUCGGCGCAUUUAUGUGACCGGAUAUGAUUUACAAUACCAGCACGUUCAACUGGCCUUGAAAUACAACCGCCUUGGGGGAUCUUAUAGAGAUGCACUUGCACCGCUCAUGCGAACUCAUUACGAAUCAUACUCCCGCGGCCCUUUGGGACCAGAUAUACACUUCUCUGCCACGCCCGAGAUCAAGAAUGGCCAUUUUCUCCUACAUGAAGAAUGGAUACUCAAGGCUCACUGCAACCUACCUUGCUACUUUAUGAACGUCUACGUCCCUAUCUGCAACCACAUAGACCUUUUGGGUUGCAGUCCGCGCAAUAAUCUCCUUCAGGGGAAAUGGAAGGAAGCCGCCGUGGUUCUUGCAAAACAUGCUUGA